AAACACAUAUAUAGUACCAUUUAUAUUCUAAAGCCUUGUUUAGCCUCCAAAACCCUAAACGCAAAACUCUCUUCUCUCUCUCAAUUUUCCGUCACCGUACAACAAUGGCGACGCCUUCGUUGGACGAAGAAACAGCCAAGAAAGUGCUCCGACAGGUUGAGUUCUACUUCAGCGACAGCAAUCUUCCAAGGGAUAAAUUUCUCACGAAAACCAUCAGCGAAAGCGAAGGCGGAAUGGUGGAUUUGGCUUUGAUAUGUUCUUUUACUCGGAUGAGAAAUUAUCUCAACUUGGGGAACGUGAAGGCUGAUGAGGUCCCAGAAGAUACAGUCAAGGCCGUUGCCGAAACUUUGAAAAAAUCUACUUCUCUAAAAGUUUCCGAAGAUGGAACAAAGGUUGGUAGGACAACUGAACUCCCAAAGCCAGAAGAUGUAAUAGAGCAGUUAGACAUAAGAACAAUAGCUGCAUCACCAUUUGAGUAUGAUGUGACUCAAGAAGAUUUGGAGAAUUUCCUUGGUCAAUUUUCCAAGGUUAAUAGUGUGAGACUGCCCCGUCAUGUUGGGGACAAGAGGAUGUUUUGUGGUACUGCUUUGAUUGAGUUUUCAACAGAGGAGGAAGCUGAAAAGGUUUUGAAGCAAAGCUUGGUUUAUGGGGGUGUUACAUUAGAACUAAAACCAAAGAGGGAUUUUGACAUUGAUAGAGCAAGAGAAACAGAAGAAUAUGAGAAGUCUCAAUCCGUCAGGGGUUCAAAUCGUAAGAAUAACUCAAAUGCAGAACCAAACUACCCAAAAGGCUUGAUUAUUGGAUUUACAUUAAAGAGCAUGUCAGAUGGAGGCUCCACAGAAAAAAAUGGUACCAAUGACACAGCCAAUGACGAUAAAAUUGUUUGCAAAACAGAUGGAGGAUUAGUUUCCUCAGAAAAUGAGACUAGAGAAACUGAAAAGACAGUUGUAAAAAAUGUUAGUGAAGAUGAAGAAACCCCUGGAGAAAAUAUUGAAAAGGAUAACAAGGAAAAGGUUGAUCGGAAUAAUGGUUUGGAGAGUGAAGAAAAAGAAACUGAAGACAUAGAGAAGUCUCCUGAAGGUCCCACUGAAAUGAGUGACGAGAAAGAAGAGAAACGAACUGCUGCUUCCUACAUUGAUGACAUGAAUGUUGUUUUGCGUGAGGAUCUGAAGGGUGUCUUUCAAAAGUAUGGUACAGUCAAGUUCAUUGAUUUCAAGAUCGGAGCAGCUUCAGGAUACAUUCGGUUUGAAGAACCUGAAGCAGCUCAGAAAGCUCGUGCUGCUGCAGUCCUUGCUGAAGAAGGGGGUCUCCUUGUUAAGAAUUACAUUGCCAUUCUGGAACCAGUAACUGGUGAGGCUGAAAAGGAGUAUUGGGGCCUACUACGCGGUAAUCAAGAUAAGUACCGGGAAAAUAAGGGCAACCGAGGAAGGGGAGGAAAAUACAAUAGAGGUGGGAAACAUAGUCGCUCUAGAGAAAAUGAUACUGCAAGAGGUCGCCCAAACAAAGCUCAGAAAGUCUAAAUCAGUAAUGGGAUUGAUUUUUUCAGGACUCCUACCUCGAGACUUUCUCUGCUUCUUGAUCUCGCCUGGUGUCUGUCAGCUAUAUAAUAUAUAAUCCCUUUCUAUGUAGCUCCUCGAAAUUUAACUAAAGUUACCUCUUUUCUAAGCGUUCCCUCCUGUUUCUGUAAUUGCAAACGAAUCAACAAUUUUACUUCACAAAUUUUGGUAGUUUGGUUUUAUUUGUUA